AUGGCUCUGAGUAAAGAGGACAAACAGCAAUCCGGCUGCUUGCAUAAUUCGGACUCAAUUAUUGCGUCUUCGAAACCGAAUCGAGGGUUCAUUUUGAAUUUUAUAGACGGACAUAUUAAAGAAAUACAGUGGAUGCUGUAUGGUGUUGGAGCAAUCGCUGCUGUUUUAAUUAUCAGAGACAUUUACGCUACCAUUUUACUUAAGUUUAAACAGUUCAAGAAAGCGUCAGAGAUCCCAGACCUAUUUAUCAGAAAGAAUGUAACUCUUCAAGGAAAAGUUAUUUCCGUACGUGCUGAAGAUGAUAUUUCUGGUAAAAUUCCCGUUCUUUUAACAAAACACCAACAGUUGCUGAGAACACCUUCAUUUUUAAAGAAAGAUGCCAACGAAUUGAAUUAUUUACCAGUUGUAUUGGCCGGUAUAUGCUCCUCUCCGUCAGUAUUAUCGUGGUUAGAUAUUCAUGUUAAACAUCAGCAUAUUUGGUUUAAAAUGUUAGAGAGAGGUGAUGGAAGGAUUGAUUCUGUGGUCUCUUUUCGAAAGGGAUGGAGGAAAGUAAGAAUUAACGAAGAACUCAUCAAAAAGGGAAUAGGGCAAGUUUAUCAUUAUGAUAAGUUACCACUCAAUAAACCCUUUGAGAGCUUUAUUUUAAAACUUCUGAAACUAGAGAGUCAUGCUGUUCACCGCGGUACUGGCAUGUGGAAAGAGGAUCUACCGGAUUACUGGACAAGAAUAUCAAAAUGGUGCAAGUCUCAAUGUCAUCGAAUGUUCAAGAAAAGGAAAAGGUGAUCAUACAUAGUGACCUUGCUCCGUCUUGCUCUACUUAUGUUUGCUGAACAAUUUCUACUGACUUGGCUAAAUGGAGCUUGGAAAAACGGUGUCUUUAAUCCUUCGACUACUCAGACAGUCCGGCAACUUAUUUUGAGGUUUGAUAUUCGGGAAUAUAUUAAUGACACUAGUUGCAAUAAAAAGUUAAAAUGUUCUUAUCAGGGAUGAUGAAACAAAACAAUAAAUAAAUCUUUCCAUUUUUCAAUGUUGAAUAUUGUGACUAUUUCUAUCAUAAGCCUUUUAAGGUUUAGAGUUUCACCGACGGGCUGUGGGCACACGAGGAGACAAAAAUCUCAAGUCGGAUCAUGCAAUUGAAAGGGAAGUGAAAAGUCUUCCCACUGAUUUUAAUUUUUAAUAAUUUAAUUUCCUCAGUCCGAACGCUCGAGGGCUUUUCCCUGUCAGCCCUUCUGACCUGCUUCGCUCAGUCACUGUCAGGGGGAAUGUUGAUUAAAACAAUCUGAGGGUAUCAGUAUCAGAAAAAUUCCCUAUUUGAGUAAUUGUUUAACUCAACAUUUCUAUCAAAAACACAACAUGAAACAUUUGCAAAUGAAUUUAUUUGAAAAACUGAGGGAUCUCGAAAGUGAAAUGUUUUCGUCAAAAGGAUAGGGCCUAACCUUAUCUAGAAAAUUUAUAAACCAACCUUUUUUUCAUGCGAUUUCUGAAAAUGGUGUCAUUGUCAAUGUUCAGUAGACCUGGAAAUAAAUAAAUGUAGUUU